GGGCUGGGCUCGCAGCCAUGACGUGAGGUGCGGAGCAUGGCCCUCACCACCGGCGUACCGCAGGUGAACGCCAAGCGCGCCACGUACCGUCAGCGGCGGAUGGGCCCUGCGCCCUUCGCCUCGCUGGAGGACCUCAGCGACGACCAGGACAGCCCGCCGCCCAGCGGGGGCGGAGGAGGCGGCAGCGGGGGCGGCAGUGGGGGCGGCAAGCUGCCGGGCAUCCGCGAGGAUCCGCAGCCGUCGUCGUCGCUGCACACGCCGUCCACGCCGCGCAUCGACAUCUCGCGCGCCAGCUCCAGCUCGCACCACGACUCCAACAACAGCUCGCCGGAGAGGGAGCUCUUCGCAGGUCACCCGCCUCCAGUGCCGUGCAAGCUGGGCCUGGGCUUCAAGGAGGACGCGGCGGACCUGCGCUCCAGCACGGAGGAGCUGGACCUGGGCGACGACGACCCGGUGGGCUGCGAGGAGCGGCCGCGCAGCCGGCGCGGCUCCGCGCGCUCCGCCCGCGCCCUCGGCAUCAAGCAGGAGGCCGGCGGCCGGCCGCGCGGGGGCUCGCUCUCCAAGUACGAGCUGGACGCCGCCGCCGCAGCCUCCGCGCACGAGCGCAAGGACUCCCUCUCCAUCGUCAGCACCGGCAGGACGUCGCGGCUCUCCUCCGUAGGUUCGGCGGCGUCGGGGGCGUCGAGCGCGGCGUCGCACCUGUCGGUGGCGUCGUCGGGGGGCGGGCGGUCGCCGUCGCCGCAUAAGAUGCUGCUCGAGACGUCCUUCUGUGGCUCCAAGCCGCUGCUGGCGCAGCCCAGCAUCGAGCUGGACGAGCUGCCGCCCAGCGCCAAGGAGGCCAUCGCACAGGACGGCCCGCCGCUGCUGCUGCCCAACGUCAGCCCGGUGGUCAGCCCCGCGGAGCGCGAGCUGCUCGCCGCCAAGGAGCGCGCGCUCGCCGAGGAGGUGCGCCGCACUCCUGCCCUCUCCACACUCUGCCCUUCUAAUUCCUGUUCCGUGGUGCGCGAGCUGGAGAGCCGGCGGGCCGAGAAGCCGGCGGCGCCCGCGUCGCUCAGCCUGCCGGUGUCGCCGCCGCCCACGGGCGCCGCCCCCUCGCGCACGCCGUCGGCGUCGCCCAAGCCUUCGCGCCGCCCCCAGCGCGGCGCCCUGCGCGACGCCGACUCGCGCACGCCGUCGCCCGGCUCCGUGUCGCGCAAGAGCUCGUUCGCCUCGCUCUUCCGCAGGGGCGGCGGGGGCGGCAGCAGCGGGGGCGGCGAGACCACGCCCUCCACCGUCGUCAGCCCGGAGUCGCCCACCGGCUCCACCGGUGUCCGCCGCAACAAGUCCGGCAGCAGCUUCUCCACCAUCCUGGGCGACGGCUUCCGCGAGAGGUCCCGGUCGCGGAGCAAGAGCCGCGAACGCCAGCAGCCGGCGCAGCAGCAGGAGGGCAAGCCGCGCUCCAAGGGCGUCUUCUCGGCGCUCUUCAAGAAGAAGGACCGCAAGAAGGCCGGGCACGCCGAGCAGCCGUCUCCGGGAGACCUGCCGUCGCCGGAGUCCAGGGUGCCGCAGCAGGCGGCGGAGCCGCUGGCGACAGUCGAGUUCAAGUUCGACUCGGAGGCGGAGGCGCCGGCGCCGUCUGCCGCCGCCGCGCGGCGCGGUAGCGGGGGCGGCGGGGGCGGCGCGGGGGCGGAGGAGGCGCAGGCGCACCGGCGGGCCGCCUCCAACAAGCGGCGCGCCAUGCACGAGGCGCAGCUGCUGCCGGCGGAGUGCCAGGGGCUCGCAGACGUCAUCGCGGGCUCCGGGCUCGACAGGUGGGCAGCAGCUAGUAGUGUCGACCCAGGCACGCACGGCCUCAAACUCUGGCGUCCAUCGAUGCCGUAUUCUCUUGAUGUGGCGGAAUUAAUAGUGACGCUGGACUCUGGGCAGCCGCAGCAGCAGCAGCAGGCCAGGCCCCCGCUGGACGCGCCGCCCGCAGACCUGCCGGAGCCCGCCGGCACCGCCGAGAGGCGGGACCGACAGCCCGACACCGCGCAGGUGAUAGCGAGUGAAGCCGAGGAGGUGGCACCUGGAGCAGUGUUGCCUGCCCAGGUGGACACACAGCCAGAAGUUCAUCCGUUGCGGCCCGGUAGUGGCAGAGUUAUGGCGAUGGAGCAGACGGACACAGACUGGGCGUCACUUACUGCCCAGCGGGCCAAACGAUCACAAGCUGGAUUGCCAUGGUUAAACACUUGGAUCGCGCUGCUGUUCUUCUUGGUUACCAGCCAUGUUUCAUCACAUGGCACUGCCUCAGAAGCUGUAGACGUCCACUCAGCUCGAAGGUCACUGACCAGGGGCGGGCUGACUCCUGUGCGGCCGGCGGAGAGUGUGGCAGUGGUGGAGCUGCAGCUGAAGCCGCAGCCAGAGUGUGCCCCGGAGGCUGGACCUGACGCGGUGAAGCCGCCGUCGCUGGACGUGGAGGCAGGCGGUGGGCAAGUACAGCUGGGCGGCUGCAGCGUGGCCCACCAGGCGCUCUCCGAGGAGGCCUCCCCGGCUGGCAGCGCCGUCCUCCCAGCACAGGCGCCGGCGAGCACGGAGGAGGAGCGCCUGUCGUCCGACUCGGAGGCGGAGUUCGCGCGCGUCGCGGCCGCAGUGCUGGGGGCGGAGCCGGCGCCGCUGCUGGCCGCCGCGGGGGCGGAGGAGGCGGAGGAGGCGGACGGCGACGCAGAGCGCCAGGGGCUCGUGCUGCAGGACUCGUUCGAGGGCGAGCUGCCCUACGUGCCCACCACGCUGCCCCAGGAGCGGUCUGUGGCGGUGCCGAUCCUGCCGGUGCGGCAGCGGUCCGCGGCCGAGGUGCGCACCUGCCCAAUCGAGCGGCCGCGCUCCACCACGCCCAUCAACCCGGCGCUGCUGGACGAGUACGUGCAGCACGAGGCGCCCGCGCCGCCCCCGCCGACGCCAUCCGGGAGGUCGUGGUUCGAGUUCGCGGAGCAGGGCGCCGGCCUGCAGAGCCCGCGCGAGGGCCGCAAGCCGUCGCUGUCCGCGUCGUCGCCGUCGCCGCCGCCGCCGCCGCUGCCGCCGCGCGCCAACCCGCCGCCCCCGCCGCCGCCGCCCCCGCAGCCCGCCGCCCCCGCAGCGCGCCAGUGGAUCAACUUCGAGGAGAUCCCCGAGAAGCGCAAGCCGGCGCGCCGCAUCCAGACGCUGCCCGCGUCGACGGCGGGGCCGCCCGUCGUAUACAGCUAUGUCGAUCCAGAAGAGUGUGAGUGUGAGUGCCAUGAGACUUCUGGUGGCAAGGGUCGGUCCCACUCUGCAGCCUCAACCUCAAAAAAGAAGAAGGAAAAGGACAAGGACAAGGAGAAGGAAAGAGACAAAGAGAAGGAUAGAGAGAAAAUAAAAAGUGAUGAAAGAACGAGAAGUAGAAGCCGCAGUCGGAGCCACAGCAGGAGCCAAGAAGUGGUAGCUGGAGAUGGAAAGACUGCAAAUGUGAACAAGGAGCAGAGGCAGACGGCCCCCACAUCAUCUCCAACAGCUGAAGCUCACCACCACCAUCAUCACCAGCAGCAGCAGCAGCAGCAGCCAUCUGCAUCCUCCACCGGGGACCGACUGGAGGUUACAGAUGUUGCUGACAGGAACUCCUACCUCAGUGACUCUUCUUAUGAAUUUCCCAAUUCAUAUUCGAUAGAUACUAGUGAUUAUUCGGAUGGUCUGAAGCCAAUGAAACCAUUUGGUAUGGACCUGGAUGUGACCAGUAACAGGAGUAGCAUUAUUUCUCAGCAGGAUGAGACGCAGUCUCCUGAGGUGGGCUCUCCAAAUGGGAAUGAGACAAAACAUCGCCAGUAGUCACCCUCGAUUAGAAGAUGUGAGAGUGAGUGUUGUAGAAGAAAUUUAGAUACCAUCUGAACAUUAUUCUGCUGUUCUGCUCAAAGUUUGGUAUAUUAUUAAUGGCACUGCCAGUGUCCAUUUUCUGCAACAGCAUUUUUUUUAGUGUUGUGUUUAAUGAUGAUGUACAGUAAAGGCUCUACACAUAUGGAAUACACACCAUUGUUUUAGCGGAGUAUUUCACUUUACAGCUUAUUUUCUCAUUUUUUGGAAUCUUUUGAUGCUGUAAUAGUUUUUACCUUAGUCAUAUUGUCUGUAAGUUUUCAGCUGUUAUGCAGGUAUCUCUAUAUUUGUUUCUAAGUUCUGAUUUUAGAAAACACAGUGAGAAGAGAGUGCUGUGUGAUCCGUACAUUAUGAGCAUCUCCAAUGCUGGAGUCUAAUAAGAAUAUGACCCGUAAUGUUCCUAAUGAAUUCCUACAUUUGAUGUUACUCAAACUCAGUACUUGUCCUAUGCUUAAUAAAAGAAACAUACCCCUCUGUUAUACAGCUGUUAUCAAGUAAAGCAAUUGCAGUGUGAAACUCUGUAGUUCACUUUCAGAGAAAUGUGUAAUAUAACACUUCUCUGUGCACCACUACUAUCAUGAAGUUUGACUGCCUUAUAAUCUAAAACUUCUAGUAGUCAUUUCCUAGAGGAACAUUAUGACGCUUUACUUUUGUAGAAAGAACUGCACAUUA